GGCACAGAUACAGCCGCAAAAGCUACAGCUGCUGGUGAAAUAAUCGACGCUCCGGGGCCCCGGUAUGUAGCCUUCCGACGACCUUUCCCCGCGGCGGAGCCCAAACCUGCUCCGCGGUCUCCAGCCUACUGCCAGCAUACCCAGGUACUGCUAUCGCGGUAUGCCAUGGCCGUUGUCCCCACCUGCGCGCACCGCGGUACUGCCGCCGUUCAGUCGUUCCAUGCAAGAAUUCCACUUCGCGGACAUUGUUGUUUCGUUCGCUAGUCUCCGUUCGGUUGCGAGGCGCGAUUCGUGAAUCGUCGCGAGCUUUUCGAGGGAUGAUCGGCCGUGUUUGUGUGUCCAUGUAUCCAUAGGUCUUUCUUCAGCUUGCAAGGGUACUGCUGGAUGCUGCAUCACACACCGCUCCUGCCUUGAUCGAACAUGAACUGCAGCACAUAGACAGACCAAGAUAGCACUAAUCGCAUUAUGAACGGAUUAUUGCAAACCAGUUGCUUCAACUCCUACGGGUGAUGUCAUCCGGCUUCUAAAUAUAGCCCGAGCCAUUGGUUGUCAUACAUUAUUUAAGAAAACAGACUUUCGGCCACACGAUGAAUCUCUCACAAUGGCUGUGUCUGGCGGUGGCGUGCUUGUGCAACUACGCUUCAGCGCAGUCCAACUACGGAUCCCAGGCCAACAAUGUGGAGUAUAUAGGAGAAGGACUGCCUCCAGCAACAGUGCUGGACGGUAAAGUCACGCAGCUAGAUGAUCUCAGUCCUGUCAUUUUUCUCAAUCGCACCAAGGCGGCUUUGAACUGUGCGGCUGGAUCUAUGCAGGUGGAACUCAAAUUCAACGACAAAUUCUACGGAUUGGCGUAUGCGGCAUUCGAAAGAAACUCGGCUUGUCAGAUACAUGGCAAGGGAGGCUAUAGUUACCGACUCGAGCUGCCAUUGAAAGGAUGUGGAACCAAACAGGAUCCUCAAAGAGUAUUUACAAACAACAUCGUGGUGAGAUUCCACCCGUCUUUAGAAAUAGAUGGUGAUGAGAUUAUAACGAUAGUAUGCAGAUAUCCACCGCCAAUUGUUCCACCACCUGCCGCUCUUCCUGCAUUAUAUCAAUCGACACCGGCAGCUCCUCUGGCGCCUCCACUGAAAGGUUUCCAGAUCCUUUUGAUUAUCUGUGGAAUCUUGUUCCUAUCACUGAUGCUACUGGGCUUAGGAUGUUCGUACUAUUGUCUGAGGAGACGUCCAGUGGUCUUCACGAGACCAUUCAGUUCCAUCGGUACUGACUCCGAAAUAACCAAGUUGUCUGGAAGCUCCAUAGGCAACCUGUCCAUAGAAGAGAGCAUAAAGAUACCAAGGGCAACCGUACCAGUGACGGCUGCCCCGGCAAGCAGUGCUGGAAGCGAAGGACCUUUGAUGAGCGACAACUUACCAUCGGACUACCCAUCGGAGUCCCAUUCCGAGAUCGAUGUAGAUACCGGGUCAUUGCCUGGAUCCUCUGCUGGCAGUUACGAUAACCAGGCCUACGUACACGAAACCAGCACGUUCUACAGCGAAACAGUUGCAACACCAUCACCACCUAGGCUGCCAAUCGUAGAGCCGAAGUUCGAUGUUCAGGUGCGCGUGAAGAGAGCGCCUCCUUCGCCGCCAAGCAUCUCCAUGUCUGAGUCGGAAAGCACAAGGACCGAAAGGAACCUCUCGACGAUCAUGGAGCAGCGUGAAGAAAGCGUCAGGUCAAUAUCCCCGCCUCCCACCGAGAGGACUCAUUUCACGUACGUUCCCGAGUUGCACCCUCCUCCGAAACACAUUCAGCCGGCUCCUACGUACAACAGAAUCCUCAGGAGGCAGGUUGAGAUGCAGGAGGCCAGGUCGAUAGCCUCGUUGAACACCGAGAUGACGGACACGCACUCCAUGACCGAGAUUGUGGAUGAUUCUCAUCAUAAGUUCAUUGCGCCUACUCCGCCUCCCCCGCCUCCCAUCAUACCCAGACAGGAGUACGUCGUGGAUAUGGAGGAGCCAGCGUCGUUGGAGCCGCCUAUUGCCGUUGUUCAUAAGCCGGAAAUAACAGCUCAUGUGGUGGACGACGUUUUUCUGAGAACGAUAACCGAGAAGAAGACGAUCGAAGACAUCGAAAGACACAAACGGCUGAUCACCGAAUACCACACCCGACCGAAGCCCGUCGAAGAUCAGAAGUGGGAUGUGACCAUCAAGAACUAUCCCGAAAUGCCGGAGCCUCCAGAGUGGGAGAACUUCUCUGAUGUCUCCUCGGCUUCUGCUUUAACAUUGACUCCAAAACUGGAAAGAGCCAACUUGAGUUUACCGCCGCAGAGCACGAUAGUUGAUAACAAGCCCAGGCUCAAUGCACCUGAAAUCGUCGCCAACGUUGGAUCGUCGCCUCCGCGAUAUACCACAACUCAUACUACGCAUACGACCUCUAUGGACAUUACAAGUGAUAAGACUACGAUGGAGCGAACUGAUUACCUGCGGCAAUACAACCUUCCGGUUGAGAACCCCGAGGUGCCCAACUGGGACGUUCUGAUCAGAGUGUUCCAACCCACCGAGCAAACGGAAGACAUAGUGAUCGAAAGUGCCGAAACGUUCAACUCGCAACUGACCACCGCGGACAAGAUGAAGUGGAGACAGAUCAUAACGACUGAGUCCACACUCAGGACAAUGCUUACCGAAUGUGUGGUACGAGAAGACUUCGAAAGGAUACGACAAGAUACGAGGUAUACGAACCUCUUCGAACCACCGAAAUGGGAUGUGAUCAUCCGAAUCCUCACUCCUGUCGACAAGACGCCGAAGAACAAGAAAAAGCGUGGCGACUGGGAUAACAGGAGCCGACGCAGCAGCUUGCCAACCUUGUACGAGUACGAUUCGGAUGGAGGCAGUUCUGUGAGGACCCUCACCAGAGAGCCUGUCAUGGUGAUGCCGCAGAGAUCCAGGAAGUCCAGUUACAGGAGCGAAAUGGACUUGAGAUCGAUGUCUGAAGUAACCGUGGACUUCGGCAGGCCAGACCCUGACAGAUACUCCGAAGCUUCCAGCUACGAUCCUGGACAUCCGUCGCUAGCUAGAUCGCUCAGUCAACCCAGCCUUGCCAGAUCAGCGAGUGAGUUCACAGAACGGUGGAUAGCACCAUCAAGCCGGUAUGAUACUGCUAGUGAAAUAACAACUCCAGAAGGCAGUCCCAAGUCACAACGCAGUUCCCGAUUCUUACCACCUGGUGCUCAAAGAUCAUCGGCCACUGCCUGGCAAGUGAGCAGACAAACAACAGGAAGACCUGUACCAGGUUCGACUGCUCAGAUGGUAACCAGAGAAUAUAGAAGUGAAGCUACAUCAAGUUACGUCGGAACCAGGAACGUUCCACCUUCAGGCGAUUGGUUUAUAGAUAACGACAGUGAAGCUAGCUACAAAUAAAAUAUUUCACUAGAAAGGAAAUUCUUGCUUUGAAGUUGCUCAAAUAUUCUAAACGACACGCUCUUAAUGUCUAAAUAUUUUACUUAACCGUUAAGAUGAAGAGCGUAAUUCAGACCUCAAAAUUUCCUUUCUAUUCAUAGUAACAACUUAUAGGCAAUUUGUACACAAAAUGUCUAGCUGUACGAUUUCUCAUUUUCUGUAAAACAGAAACAAAGCUAUCCUUUUAGAUGUAUGGAGAGUAACACAAGACGGGUAGGUACCUUCAAAGCCCUUCGUAUGUUUCCUUUUAAAAAUACCGCUUUUACAAUACUUAUGAUUUAUAUUCUUCAGAAUACUAGAAUUUGUUUCCAUCUGCAUGCUUUAGUUUUCUCGAAGAGAGUGGUAUAACUUAAUGUACGCCACUGCUAAGGAGGAAUGUCAUUGUGUAACGUAUGGACGGCUCCAUACACAGCAGCAGCAUCUAGGUCAGUGAUGCUCUUGUACAAUUUGACACUUGAUUAUGAGUCUGCAUGUUUUGCUGACCACAUGAAACCAUUGGUGUUCGAUCCACUGUUCACUAACGUUAAUAGCUGUUUGGGUACUGUCGCGUUUUGUAACACUUCGGAUUUCACUGUUUUUUCACUUGAAACAUAUAGAGGGUAGUUUGAUAGAUUAUUUUAAAUCAUAAAAGGUGUGAAUGAAGCACGCUUUUCAUGAAUUGUUUUCCCAAAACAUUGUAUUUUUUAGCAGUUAUUUCCCCCAAUUAUUUCCACCGCCAUCUACCAUAUGACGUUGACGUCAUUUGUCAUAUAUGAGAGGCGCUUGUCUGCGGUGUUGCCGGAUUGGGCUACAUAUUUGGGGAAAAAUACGAAAAGUAAUAAAUUCAUAUACAUUUAUAUUAAUUAAUGAAACCCAAAAACAAAAACGGUAGUAAAAUUAAAAGUUAUUCUUAUUAAGUUUAAAACAAAAAAUAACAAACAGCAGUAAAAUAAAAAGCAAUUCUAAGUGUUUAUAAAAAAAUUAAAACAGUAUUAAAACAAAAAACAAUUCCAUGUAAUUAUAAAAAACUAAAAAAUAACAAACAGUAAAAUAAAAAGCAAUUUGGAUGCAAUGAAAUUAUUUUGUUGUUUUACUAUUGUUUUUACUUUUUGUUUUGUAUUGUCACUUAGAAUUGCUUUUUAUUCAACUCUUUGUUAUUUUUUGUUUUUUAUAAUUACAUGGGAUUUUUUUUCUACCGAUAUUAUUUUUAGUUAUCACUUAUAAUUGCUUUUGAUUUUACCGUUUGUUAUUUUCUGUUUCUCAUUACAUGGAAUUGUUUUUUUUUAAGUUUUCUUACUGUUUUUAUUUUUUGUUUUUUAUAAUUAUUUAUAAUUUAUAAUUUUUUAGCUUACUAGUGUUAUUUUUUGAUUUAUACUUAUUAGGAAUCGCCUUUUAUUUUGCUACUGUUGUUUGUUUUAGUUCUUCAUUUUUGUGAUUCAUUCAUAUGUAUAUGUAUAUAAAUUUUACACUUUUUCCUUAAAUGCGGAGCCCAAUCCGGCAACACCGCAGACAAGCGCCUCUCAGAUAUGACAUAUGCACAGACGCCUACGUCAUAUGGCAGAUAGAUGGCGGUGGAAAUAAUGGUGGAAAGAACAGCUAAAAAUAUAGUGUUUUGGAAAAAAAAUUUCACGAAAAGCGUGCUUCAUCCGCACUUUUUUUGUUUCUAAAUAAUCUAUCAGACUACCCGCUAAAAGUUUUAAGAGAAAAAACAGUCAAAUCGGAAGUUCUACAUGGCGCAACAGCACCGUUAUUUGUCUUUGACGCUACUAUCAAGUGUGUUCCAAUAAAAGCUCAAACACUUAAGUUUAUCCACUGAAUCAAAGCAGUUAUGUCGCAACGUCAAAUAAUGACAGUGACGCACAUGGUUGCCACACUAAUUAAAACUACUAGAUCCUACGACCUUUUACAAAAUCUACUUUAUAUCUUCGAUGCCUUGCCGCAACCAACAUUACGAAGAGUAUGUUUUGUGAACGCUAGAGCUGGUAUAAAUUCUAAUGGACAUCAUGAUUUCGUUCGGUCUCAAAAUAGUUCGUCAAAGAAAUGACGAAUUAUUUUGCUUGUCGACCCAGAGGUUUCGGCAUUUUAGCAAAAUGUUUAAAAGGACACCUCAAAGUUUUGACAAAAACCUUUUUUAUAAAAUAACAAUGUAAAUAUUGAGGCAAAAAGAACAAAAAUAAGUCACAAAUAAACAACAGCCGUUGGCCUGUUUAUCUGACAAGCUUUGCGACAAUGUCACAACACCGAAAACUGUUACCAACACAAAUGUACCCGGGAAAUUCAAACUAUACGUACAAAUUUACGAUCUAUUUUGCAUUCAAAUUUACUAAAUAUCACGUAACUGUUUUGUUUCAGUGAAUAAACUAUAUGUGGUUUUAUUUGGCAAGGCAAAUGUGGAAACCACAGGACAAGUUUCAAAUGUUACAUUGACUUUAAGUUCAACAUCGCAUGAAACCGUUUAUGCAUUAUAUUUUAGACAAUUGUACCUACCCUCGAUAACUAGUAUAAAUACCGUCCAUUAGUUAUAUUUUAAAAAUUAGGCGACAUUACGUCUACUGCCCUUUACGAAUGAUUUUUUUUUGUCAAACGUGUGAGUGGAAGUGAAAACUAAUUUACUUUUAGUAAUUAGAAUACUGUGAUAACAAAAUGUGAGUUGUGCGGACUUAAUGGUUUUUUAACUUAAUUUUUAGUUAAGAAGAGGGUCUCAUACCCGAUUUUCCACUUUGCCACGUUAUUUGUGGAAAACUGUAGAAUUGGGUAUAAUUUAUGAAUUUUCUUCUUUCGCCUACUAUAAAGUUACAGUCGAUAGGUAAUCUAAUCUUUUUCACAGUUUAUAGCAAUCGAUCCUCUGAGAGUUACUAGGAUUCUUCAAAUAGUGAUAAGUACUUCUUGUCAUUGAGCUAAGAAAGAGUUUCCUCUUCAACUUUUCAUUAUCUGCUAUUACUAGGCUCAAUAACCACUGAAAUGAUUUAAAUCUUCCUAGAUCUCGGUGGAUAGAUGUUAUUCUUUACAAUCCUUACAGGAAUUUUUUUCAUACGUUGCCUCAAUAUUUUUUUUAAUUUUGCUCAAACUGCUGCUCUUUGGUGUUGGAUCGGGGACUUUUAGAACUUAAUCUUCUCAUGUAUUUAUAUACUUUUUGUAUAAAUAUGUGUUUUACAUGAUGUAAGGUGCUAUGAUUAUAAUUUUUAUACCAAUUUAUACCAUGUAGUUUUUCAUGAAAUGAAAAUAAAACCUAAUACAUUUCUGAACGAAA